AUGAUAUAACAUCCAAAAACCCCAUAAUAUUCUAGCUCUAACUAAAAUUAAGAAAUGAAAUCCAAACAAAACAUUUAUUCACUAAAAGUUGAAAAAUCAAGAAAUAGUUUAAUCGAACAGCCUUAAGAUAUUUCAAUGACAUUAAUUAAAUAAAAACCUAGUUAAAAUGAAUUAUCUGCUUUCGAUACUUCUAUUAGAUAAAAAAUUUCCCCAAAUGAAACUAAAAUUUUACUGAACAAUGACCAGUCAAAUUUAAUUGCCAAUAAUACAGAAGAUGCCUAAUUAAAUGUUUAAUUAUAAGGAUGUCUUUUCUGCAAUGAAAUUGAUAAUGUAAUUCCUAUCUGUAGAUGUUCACAAGCACAUCUAAAAUGUGCUAACAAUUUUUUAAAAUCAGGACCCAUAUUAGAAUAAUUAAAAUGUCAAAAAUGCCAUGAUUUUCGAUAAGUCAAUAGCCAAGUAUCUUUUGAUUUUAACCUUUGGAAAUCAAGUAAAUGGCAAUUACUUAUUGAAAUCAUUUUUCUAUUGCUUAUCUUCAGUAUAAUUGGAGUUUUGAUAUUCUUUACUACUAUUUUAGUAUAAGAUUCUAGUGCUAACGAUAGAAUUAUAAUUUCAUGUUUAGUUUUUUCAUACACUAUUAGUUUCAUAGUAUUACUUUGUAUAAUUUCAAAAAUAGUAGGACAUUUUAAGAAAAUAAGAUUUACUAUAAAAUAAUACGAUCCUUUGUACUGUAAGAUUAAUCAAACUUAUAUAAAUUUAAUGUAAGAAUAAUGA